UGCUCCAGCAGUUGCCUAGCAACUCCCCGGUAGCGUGUUGGUAAACAAAUGUUUAGCUAGUUAUGUUAGCUUGGUCAAGUUUGUUCUGUUAUUAGCCGAUCUUAUUUAACCUUAACUUGAAUAUUAAAUCCUUCGCCCGUCCUUCAACAUGUCUGAAGUUUUUCAUCCACGAGAAAGCGUCUACAAUCUAAUUACAGAGGAAAAGGUUCAGACUCAAAAACCGCCGAGGUAUAUAUCCAAGUUUAGGCCAAUGGUUGCUCUUGAGAAAAAGUUAGCUAAGGAUGCAAUGCGAACGAUGGGACCAGCCAAAGUAGAAGUGCCUGUCCCAGAUAAUUACCUCAAGAAGCAUUCAAAAGAGCCCAAAUUACCUGAAAAAUCACAAUCCUUGAAAGUGGCUCAUAGUACAUGCACUGUGAAGAAACCAGCUGUUCCUACAAAGACAGAGAGGCCGCCUAUGGGUAUUCACACCAAGAGAAACUUUAUAAAGACAACCACAGCAGUGCCGAUGAAGCCACAGCCCACCUCUGUAGACAGCAACAAGGGGCACAAGCAGUGUCUUGAUAAUUCAGGACUUGUCCCCAAGUACAUCAAGAAGAAGGAUUAUGGAGAAGUACCUGAGUACCUGCAGCAACGCAAUGGAGAAAAGCAGAGGGCUCAGGAGGAGUAUGACAAGUUUUUGAAAGAACAGAAGGAGCAGGGAGCUGUGAAACAGCUGUCUGACUUUGAGCGACAAGCCGUCCUGGAGGGCCUGAAGAAGAACUGGGAUGAGCUGCACCAUGAUUAUCAGGGCCUAUCACUUGUUAUCAACACCCUGUCAAAGAAAGCCCGCAAAGAGCGCCUUGAAGCAGCAAUGAAACAGCUGGAGAAUGACAUCAACGUCUUUGAGAGAUACAAAACCAUCUACAUACCCAAUAACUAGGACAUAAAAACUCUUGCAUUUAA